AAUAAAUUAAUAAAAUAUAAAAAAAUCCUAGCCGGCUAAAAAGGAAGAGACUAAUGCAAAACGCUGAUUGAGUCUGAGUGUAAAGCCGAGCAGCCAAAUUUUCGCUUUCACUAACUGUGCCGAACUUAUCAUUAGACCAACCCCCGCGAAACCUCUCAAAAAGGAGAAAAAAUAAAUAAAAGCUUGAAAAAGCGAAAUCUCUGCCACAAAAUUUUUAACCAAUAGCCUUAAGAGAGAGAAAAUAAAACAAAAACGAAGGUGGCUUCGUCGUUAUUUUUAAGUUGUUAACUAAGCAUAGUAUUCCUCGUGAGAGCGUAAAGCCUGAGCCAGUUAUAUGGUCGCGUGACACCCUGCUGUAACCGCCAGCUAUUUCCGUUCUGGCGACACCCACAGUAUCACAGAAAGCGCCUAACCCCGCCGCACCUUCUCGUGCCACGUUUAUUUCCUGUCCUCUUGAUUGAGCCACGUGUUGAGUUCACGUUUCUUUGUGGAGUCACGUCUGAUGACGCUUUCCCUGUAGUUCAGUUAAAUUACGGAAUGAUUACAGAAAGUCGAAAAUAGCCUCCUUUUGAGUACAAAAUCCGCAAACCAAAUAAGGAGGCGUUUGUCUUUGCCCAUGGUAGGCAAACUAACCAGCAGGUCGGUGAAGCUGUUACUAUACAACUCAGCUGUUUGAAGCAACAAGUAAAGGCCAGUUGCGAUGCCGAAUCCACGAAGUUGGUUACUUUUUGACCGUUAAACAUCCGUGAUUGACUUCAGAGACUGCCGGAUUUGAUUAAUAUGCACAUUUAGAUACUGUGCCUAACGACACGUGAUAAUGUCGUACUUCCAGACUCUUUCUUUUCUCUGACCAAAAUGGGGACCAGGAGACUUCGAUGCCACCGUCAGGAUUCAUUCAACUUUAGGUUUUUGUAUAUUCGUCAAUUAAGAUUUGUUCAAAGGUAAUGGGGUAAAAAGGGAUAAAAACGGAUGGUUCCUUAUAAAAGAGAGAAACGCGAAGGAAAGGAAAAAAAAAACCGCGUUUUAGCCGGCGACGCGUUUGGUUGAACCGUCUAACAACCACCACUUUCAUUCACAAUUCCCUUCUACUCCUUUCCUAAUUUAUUUUUAUUUUUUUAUAUUUUAAUUUAGCGUUUCUUAAUUAAAUAAUUUUUUGUUUAAACAAUAUUACAGCUCAUCUAAAGCACUAAUAUUCGAGUAUAAAAGUAUAAAUUAUUCUCUGUUGGUUCUUUUCCACUUUUCUAAGCCUACCCUUUUCCUUUCUCUCUUUUUCUCUCUCUUACCGUUCGUCGGAAAACCGCCUCCCUCCGCCCGGAAACAGCUCUUUCUCCGGUGAAUAAAGUCACUGAUUCGCCGGAAACCAUUAAUCUCUCUAGUAUUAGUAAUUUCCAGCAAUACUUUAAGCAUUUCUUCUCGUGACUCGGAUAUUGAUCUCCGAGUUUGACUCUUUCCGGUGGAGUACGUGGCGCGUUAUGAGAAUGUGGUGUGUUUAGUUGCCCUUUGAUGCUUUGGUUUGAUGAAGAUCGUGAUCUAGGGUUAGGUAUUUACGGAUUUUGCGUUUUUUUUUUCAUUGUUCUUUGGAUUGUUUCGUUUGGUGAAUUGCGACAAAACGGUGGCGUGCACAGAACCAUUGCGGAAUGAGAUGGUGGAAGGAAGGGCGUGUUUGCCUAAAGAGGUAAGAAAUGGGUUGGAGUUAUUGAAGCGUAAAAGGCUUCAACGAAUAAAAUCAGAAACUCUCUCUGGGACAUCUGGUGUCACAAAUAUGAUGGCUAGAAGUGGGGGAGAUGCUUUGAGAGUUUCAGCAUCAUGUGGAAUGAGGUUACAAGGGAAUGCAGAAUCAUUUUCUAGGUCAAAUGUUGCUUCAAGUGAGAAGACCAUCUUUUCAAAGCGCAAGGUUGAUAAGUUUGACACUAGUGAUCUAGAAUGGACUGAUAAAAUUCCAGAAUGUCCUGUAUACUGCCCUACAAAGGAAGAGUUUGAAGAUCCUUUGGUUUAUUUACAGAAGAUAGCUCCUGAAGCUUCAAGAUAUGGAAUAUGCAAAAUCAUUUCCCCUUUAAGUGCUACUGUUCCUGCUGGAGUCGUAUUGAUGAAGGAAAAAGUAGGAUUCAAGUUCACAACUAGAAUACAGCCUCUUCGUCUUGCUGAGUGGGAUACCGAUGACAGAGUAACCUUUUUCAUGAGUGGAAGAAAUUAUACAUUUCGUGAUUUCGAGAAAAUGGCGAACAAGGUGUUUGCUCAGAGAUAUUUUAGUGCUGGUUGUCUUCCUGCAACAUACAUGGAAAAAGAAUUUUGGCACGAAAUUGCUUGUGGGAAGACAGAAAGUGUUGAAUAUGCUUGUGAUGUUGAGGGUAGUGCCUUUUCUUCUUCUCCCAGUGACCCGCUUGGAACUAGCAAAUGGAAUUUGAAGAAACUCUCACGGCUGCCAAUGUCCAUUUUGCAUCUUCUGGAAACAGCAAUUCCGGGAGUAACCGACCCUAUGCUUUACAUAGGAAUGCUAUUUAGUAUGUUUGCUUGGCAUGUGGAGGAUCAUUAUUUGUAUAGCAUUAAUUAUCAUCACUGUGGGGCUUCAAAAACUUGGUAUGGCAUACCUGGUCAUGCUGCUCUAAAAUUUGAGAAGGUUGUCAAGGAACAUGUGUACACUAAAGAUAUCCUAUCAGCGGAUGGUGAAGAUGGGGCUUUUGAUGUGCUUUUGGGUAAAACGACGUUAUUUCCUCCAAAUAUUUUGUUGGAACAUGAUGUCCCUGUUUACAAGGCUGUGCAGAAACCUGGAGAGUUUGUAAUUACCUUUCCGAGAGCAUAUCAUGCUGGAUUCAGUCAUGGUUUCAACUGCGGUGAGGCUGUGAAUUUUGCUAUUGGUGAUUGGUUUCCUUUGGGGGCUGUAGCAAGCUUGCAAUAUGCACAUCUCAACAGGGUGCCUCUCCUUCCUCACGAGGAACUUCUGUGCAAAGAAGCUAUGCAUCUCAAUACAAGUUUAGAACUGGAAGAUUUGGAUUUUUCCCCAGCAGACUUGGCCUCUCAUUAUUGCAUUAAGGUUUCAUUUGUAAAGCUGAUACGUUUCCUGCACCGGGCGCGUUGGUCUGUCAUGAAAUCAAGGGCAUGCACCAGUGUAUCUCCAAAUUAUUAUAGAACUAUUAUCUGCACUUUAUGCAAACGUGACUGUUAUGUUGCUUUUGUUAACUGCAGUUGUUACUCUCAUCCUAUUUGCCUGCGACAUGAUAUUAAGUCACUUGACUUCCCAUGUGGGAGCCAUCAUGUUCUUUUCUUGAGGGAUGAUGUUGGAGAGAUGGAAGCUGCUGCCGAGAAGUUUGAGCAUGAUGAUGCCAUAUCAAAAGAGGUUGAGCGACAAGCUGAAAAUGUCUAUGACUUGUAUUCAUACCCAAUGUCAAGUAAGUCCCAGACUGAUGUAGAGGAUGGAUACUUCCCAUAUUGUGAUAUUAAUGUUGUUUUGAAUCCUGAGAUUGCUGCAAUAACUACAAAUAUGGGUCAACCAGUAGAAGAUAGACAUCCUCCAAUGAGGCACAACACUGGAAAUUUUCGACCAGAACUGACGGAUGCUUUCUCUUCUUUUGCCACAUCAACUCUCUGUUCUUUUGUGGAGCAAGUCGGAUCCUCACCCAAAAAUCAGGUACAGGGGUUAGCUAACCUAGGAAACACUAAUGGUAAAAGGUUCUCUGAAGAAGUCUCAGAAAAUACAUAUGAAUCAUCUGUAUCCUGUUUGUCACAUGCAAAUUGUCCAGGUAUCCAUCAGAAUAAUGUUCAUGAACCAGUGACUAGGUCUAUAGUGGACCAAGACUGUGAUAGUUCCGAUUCAGAGAUAUUUAGGGUUAAACGACGUUCUUUUGUGAAGGUUGAGAAAAGAAAUGGGAAUGACACCAUGUCAUCAAAGAGAUCCGAACACCAGGGGCUCAAAAGAUUAAAGAAACUCCAACAUGAAGCAAGAUGUGCGCAAUCAGUGCCAUCUGAAUGCUUUAGAAAUGAACCAAAUAGCAAUAUUAAUCGCACUUCUGAUUGUAAAGAAGCUUCAGAGAAUGCUGUGAAGGACAGAUUUGGAAGAGGCAUCCUGCCCAUUUCUAUCAAGUAUAAGAAGUUGGGCAAUGAUGAAGCAACGAGUAGGCAUCGAGAGCUCUACAGAAAUGAUAGGAUCCGGCACGAGUUAGGAAAGAGCAUGACGGAACCUCCUUCUUUAGAGGUUGGUCCAAAGCGACUUAAAGUCAGAGGCCCAACACAUCUAGGUUCAGAAAGCAGACUGAAUUGAAGUUAUAGAUGUGCAGAAACUGAUGGUUGGGUUGCCUCUGGAGCAUCCUCUGGAGCCUGACUUUGCUAACUUCAUUCCCUCUAAUGGAGUUCUAACAACACCGAAAUUCCAAACGAUUGAUUCUCAGGGAGUAGCAGCGAAGAUUAACCAAGCGUAGGACAAAUUUUUAUUCUUUGUGCAGUCCUCAACACCAGGGCAAAUUGCACGUGGAGUGAUUCUUGUGGUUCUCAGGCCGGGGUGUUUUUCCGUCUUUGGCUGGAGAACCUUCGUGCAAAAGCUGAAAAGUAGAAUUUGGGUUAGUUACUUUUGUAAAUUUGUUUCCAUCAGUCAAAAUUAAUUCUUAGAGAGGAACGUGGGCAUUCCCAUUGUUUCCUCAAAUUUAAAAAUCUGCCGCUUCCCAUUUUAGGUACGUUAUUCUUUUUGUAGCAAUGUAUACUGCUUAAAUAAAAUGCAGAGAAAUGCCCAUUUUAUCUCUCAAAUCUUUUCCUUAACCUCGAAUAUAUUCCAUUCUUCUCUGAUAUUAUUGGAGUUAUUCACUAAUUAAUGCGAAUGAAAUGUCUAAUUCAUUGGUUGCUCUUUGUUAUCGGACAACUCGUAGAUGUAACUCUUGAGAACGAUCUUCGUCUUGCAAUAUAGGAUUGUGGGGCAACUCUAAACUGGAAACAAAAUUGCCCCACUUGGCAGUUGCUGCAACUUGCAAUGUAGGAUGGGCCUGCAAAGUUAGUAUUAAGCUAGGGGGCAGAAGCCAGCAACGCCUUUUUUUUUUCUUUUUUUUUUUCUGUAGUUGUUUGGAAAAUAGUGGGAACUGGGACGCAAAAGGGCUACAUAUGAGCGUGUUGUUAGUUUUCCUGGGGUCAUGAAAUGGGCCUCUUCUGUUGCAUCUGUAUCGAAGCAAUUACGGCAAUGCUAGGGUCCUCCAGGGACCACCGUCCUGUUUCCAUAAGUAGUCCAUCUCUAGCAUGUUCCGAGAAUGCCAUGGUUGCCACAUUCCUUUUCAUCCUAUCUAGAAGAUAAUCGGACAUUGUUUGUUCCAUUCCUUCAUGACGUUCAGAUUUCUGCUAUUGUUUUGCUUUCCAAUGUUUCUAAUUGUUCUUUUAAGUGAUUUUUGUCGUCGACGCCAAGGUAAGUUGGCAAUGUCCACGAUUUUUUAAAAUUUAGUUGAAGUGUUAUUGGGAUUUAAACCUGUUGAUUGAUGUGAAUACAAAUUGAGGUGAAGG